UACAGGAAAGGUCUCAGAUUGCUGAGCAGCCAAGACGUGUGACUUCACCGAAGACCAGACCACAGAAUUCAAGGAGGCUUUCCAGCUGUUUGACUGAACAGUUGAGGGCAAGAUCCUAUACAGCCAGUGUGGGGAUGUGAUGAGAGCCUUGGGCAAGAACCCCACCCGUGCUGAGGUGCUCAAGGUCCUGGGGAAGCCCAGGGGUGAUGAGAUGAAUGUAAAGGUGCUGGACUUAGAACACUUCCUGUCCAUGCUGCAGACUAUGGCCAAGAAGAAGGACCAGGGAACCUAUGAGGAUUAUGUAGAAGGCUUCCAGGUGUUUGCCAAGGAAGGGAAUGGUACUGUCAUGGGCACUGAAAUCUGUCAUGUAUUCAUCACAGAGCAUGAGGACAGCAAUGGCUGUAUUAACUAUGAAGAGCUUGUCCGGAUGGUGCUGAGUGGCUGAAAACCUUCCCAGUAUCUCUAAGCCUGUGCCUUGCCCAGUGUGAGAUUUUUGUGUGCCCUUAGAGGUUUCCUAGGUCCCUUGUCACAGUGUACCUUGCCCAACUUGUCUCUUGGAUGAUGUUUGCCAUCAGCACUCACCAAAUAAAUUUACUCUCUUUGCCCCA